UAAAAGAGCCCAGACCGCCGGAUCCCGAGCACAGUUCGAGCCCAGACGUUGCCGAGGAGGGAGCCCACUUACCAUAUACCAAAACAGCAGUUAGCGCGAGAGAUAUACGAAACCGAAACGGAACGAAACGCAGCGCAACGCAACGCAACGGUGAAAGAAAGUCGCGAGUGAAAUUUCAGUGUGGUUUGUCUUCUCCCCGAAACGGCUGCGCGAAUGCCGAUGACAAAACAAACGUGAAGCGUGGUAAAGAGUGGUUCAAUAUCAAGUGUGUGGUUGCCAUUGAGGCUCGCCCGAGUGCCAAUUGCCUGCAAGUGGUGGUGGAGUGAAGAAAGUUGCAGACGCAGACGCAGACGUCAUCAGUAAAAGUGAAUUUAUUUUGAUCUGGAUUAGUAAAGCAGCUAAUCGAAGGCCCAAUAUAAGCUAAACCUACCAAAAAACAAAUAAAAAUAAACUCAAGCCGAGACACAAUGAAGGUAUUCCGUGUGAGCCUGUUGCUGCUGGCCGCCCUGCCUCUGGUGUGCCACGCCUAUCCCGCAGCGGACAAGUCCCUCUCGCUGGAGGACGUAUCCUCAGACCUGGACAACGAACAGGGCGAGAGCGUGAAGGAGUCACAGAUAGCCAAGCGUUCCGGCAGCUUCGACUAUGUGGCGCACCUGAAGUCGGGUCUGCUGUCGGGCAUUGGCCAGGCCUCUGCCUCGAUUGCCGGUGGAAGUUCUGGUGGCAGCCAUGGAGGAGGUGGCGACAGCUACAAGUCCCAUGAAAUUGUGGUCCAUGGCAACUCCGUGGACUAUGAUCCCUGGUCGUUCAAGAAGUCUGUGCUGAACACCAUCUUCCAGGCGGUCAAGGCCAUCACUGGCGGUGUGACUGCUCUCAAGGGGCAGCUGAUCAAGGGCAGCGGGUAUGCCCUAAGUGCGGGUGGCAAUCUGGUGGCCGCCGGUGGCGACAAGGUCACGGAUGUGGGCAAGUCCAUCAUCAACUCGGCGCACAUCAACUCCCACACCUACGCCACUAGUCACUCCAGCGGCAGCAGCGGUGGACUCUUCGCCAAGCUCAGCUCCCUGUCGGGUGCCUCUUCCGGUGGCAGCAGCGGCCACAAGUCCGCCCCCUCCCCCGUGAUCCAUACUGAUACCAUCACCACGUACGAGAUACCCAGUGGCCAUGCCAGCUACGGACCGCCAUCAAAGCCCCCGACCUACAGCAGUGCCACGCACCAGUAUCUGCCCCCAGUGGGAGGCAGCUAUGGGGGCAGCGGCGGCGGUGCGCCAUUCAGCGUAAGCCACUCGGCGGCCUUCGAGGCACCGUCCAGCAACUAUCUGCCAUCGGCCUAUGGACAAGAUGCGGACAGCGCCCACAGCAACGACUUCAACAUCUACGGGCGCCACACGAAGCUGACGGAUGACGAGGCCCGACGGGCGGCGAAUCAGCUGCAGGAGAUACUCAAUCUGCUGCCCAACGGCAAGACGGAGUACACGGCCUCCAAGACGGUAGAUCUGCCCACAGGAGGAUCGGGGCUGGAGCAUGCGGAGGUUUACAACAGCUAUGGAUUGCCGCUGCCCAACACUCUGGGAACCCUAGAGUCCCUCUCGCACACGGAGUCGAUAACGGCAGCAUAUGGACCGGCAGUGAAGAAUCCCGCCGAUGUGUACCAUCAGAUGGCCAAGAGGCCGAGCGGAGGACAAACUGCAGAGGAGCUGUACAUUCAGAAGCAUCCCAAUGAGGGCUACGAAUAUCCGCCGCCAUCACAGGCACAGGCUCCAGCAGUAGCCCCACAGCCACAAGCUGUGAACGAGUAUCGUGUGGAGAACUACCAUGCCACCAAGAGCAACGCCCUCAAGGAUCUGUCGCCCAUCAUAGCCGCCCUGGAGGUGGCCAAGCGGAAGGGGAAUCACCACCAGAACGGUCCCGUGAACUACGCCAUCGAGAAGCAGGUGCACAAGGAAUUGCCCUUCAAUUACCUGCCGCCUGUAGUGCAAAAGUCAAAGUACGUGUACAGUGCGCCUCCGCCGGGACGUUAUAGUCACAGUGGAGGCUACAAGGUACGUCGCCACGCGCCCAAGCAUCCGAAGCGCGUUUUCCGGCCGCAGGACUACGAGAUACAGGAUCCGCUGAUGUUCAACCGCCUGCUGGAGGUGUGAAGAGCAGCCCGGAGACCAAAGUGUGCUAGAACCUAGUUGUAGUCCUCUAAGUCAUGUGCAGCAUUUAAUCCUAGAUCGUUUACAGCUAACUUAUUUAUGUUAUCCCUAUCGGAAUCGUUAUCGUGAUUAAUUAUUUAUUGAGCUCCCCCAAAUUUCUUGGCUAGCCAAAUAAAAGAGAGUCCCAAAGCACAGCAUGAACCAGACACCGAGCACCAUUCCCCCAUUUAUCUUCGCUCUUCCUGUAUUUCCUUUCUGUUUGCACUGCUUGCUCGCACCCACACACCCACUUUUCCCAUAGAGCACGUCUACACUGCCUGCAACCACCCAUCAAAUCAGCCGGAUAUCCUUCUCACCUCUCACCGCUCUCU